CAAAUUAGGAACGACAGUGAAUCGGGUACGGGUCCCAUUUUUUAAUACCCCUACGAGAUAAAACAGAAUGUACCUGCCUCAUCAUCCGCCCGCAACCAGUAGGGAAAAGUUUUUCUCCAAUGAAACUUUUCCGGAAUCUGGAGAAAUCUACCGGGCCAGAUUAUACAGAAUCUCCACCACCGUCACGGUAAUCCUUGAUUAUAUCACCAUUUCUCGACAAGUAAAAGACGAUUGUCGACCGAUAUGUUAACAAUGAAAAUUCUUUCAGUAUCCUCCAUCGAAUCCAUUCUGCAUAGAAUUUUCCAUACUAGUAAUUUUUGAUCGAACUUGAACUUGAAAUCUGCGAAUUAGUGCUUCAAAUACCAGUUAUUGUACAUGAUCGGUGGGACACAAAAAAUGGACGGUGAAUAUCAAUGGGUCCACAAAUUUGCAUUGAUACGUACACCGUUGAUCUGUCUCCAACAUAUGUAUAAAUAAAUGCUCCGUUGUAGUUCUCUCCCUCUAUUUUGUCUUUCCUCUUCAUUCUUCAAUACCCUUUGAGAAAAUGGCCACCAUUCUUCGACCACCAACUUUCCACACACCUCCAAGGACCCUCUGUUCUAAUAGAAGCAAGAAAAGCAGGAAACGGAGACAAUUAGAACGAAGACAGAGACAAUUUUACCAAAACAGAAAUGGCAGCACCCUCUCUUUCCCAAAUUCAUCCCCAACCCCACUCCUAAUCAAACAAAAACCAUACACUCUAACUAAGCUAGAAGCUUUAGAGAAUGUCGUUAAAGACAUUGAAUCCUCUGUCGAAAAGGGCAUAAAAAUCGAUACUCAAAUCUUCUCUUCCCUCCUAGAAACCUGCUACCAGUUAGAUGCUAUUGGUCAUGGUAUCAGGAUUCACCAGCUAAUACCCACUAACCUUUUACGUAAAAACACGGGCAUCUCAUCGAAAUUGCUGAGGUUGUAUGCGUCAUGUGGGCAAAUGGAUGAAGCUCACCAGUUGUUUGACCAAAUGUGUAAGAGAGAUGAGUCGGCUUUUGCGUGGAAUUCGCUCAUUGCUGGAUAUGCUGAAUUGGGUCUAUAUGAAGACGCCAUCGCGCUUUACUUUCAAAUGGAAGAGGAAGGUGUUGAACCAGACCAGUUUACCUUUCCUCGCGUGUUGAAAGUUUGUGGGGGACUCGGUAUGAUUCAAGUUGGGGAGGCAGUACAUAGGGAUAUAGUCCGAUUGGGGUUGGCAAAUGAUGAGUUUGUUCUAAAUGCGCUUGUUGAUAUGUACGCAAAAUGUGGUGACAUUGUUAAGGCUCGAAGGAUAUUUGACAAGAUUUCUUGUAAGGUCUCUGUUUCGUGGAAUUCCAUGCUUACGGGUUACCUUCGUCAUGGGCUCCUAGUAGAAGCAUUGGCGAUCUUUCGGAGCAUGCUUCAAGCAGGAGUUGAGUUGGAUUCAGUGGCAAUUUCCUCGGUUCUUGCAAAAGUAACUUCUUUAAAGCUGGGAGUUCAAAUCCAUGGAUGGAUUCUUAGGAGAGGAAUGGAAUGGGAUUUGUGCAUUGCUAAUUCUUUGAUUGUUGUGUACUCAAGCAAUGGGAAGUUGGAUCAAGCUCGUUGGUUGUUUGAUAAUAUGCUGGAGAGGGAUGUUGUAUCGUGGAAUUCUAUAAUUUCUGCUCAUCAUAAGGACCCUGAGGUACUAACUUACUUUGAGAGGAUGGAGAAAGAUGGUGUUUUGCCAGACAAUAUCACAUUUGUGUCGAUACUAUCUGCCUGUGCUCAUUUAGGGCUAGUAACGGAUGGCGAAAGGUUGUUUUCAUUGAUGAGCGAAAAGUAUGGAAUAAAACCAAUCAUGGAACACUAUGCUUGUAUGGUAAAUCUCUAUGGGAGAGCAGGAUUAAUCAAAGACGCUUAUGCCAUAAUAGCAAAUAAAAUGGAAUUUGAUGCUGGUCCAACUGCGUGGGGAGCAUUGUUAUAUGCUUGUUACCUCCAUGGAAAUGUAGAUAUUGGAGAGAUCGCUGCUCAAAGUCUUUUUGAGCUGGAGCCAGACAAUAAACACAAUUUUGAGCUUUUGAUGAAGAUUUAUAGUGAUGCAGGCAGGUUGGAGGAUGUUAAAAAAGUGAAAACUAUGAUGGUGGAUCGAGGAUUGUGAUAAUAAGAGCGUACAGAAAUACUUUUGGCAUGUUCAAACGCCCAGAAGAGGAAGGAAUGUUUUGUGUAAUUAGCCAAGCUGCUGCUAUUUGCUUUUUUAACUGACUUGCAUCUUCAUCAGGACUUGGGAUCCGUAUCCAGAUCCAGCAGCUGUAUUGCAAUUGGCCGUCGACCUAAUGUCUGAAAUUAGUCUAAAUGCAGUUACUAUUAUCAAAUAUUAAAUUCCAUAAGCAAACAGUGGUGCAGAGUCAACAUAAACGGUGAGUUUUCCUCACCAUACGCGUCAGUAUUAUCAAUGUAGAUCAACAAAAUAAAAAUGGUUAAUUUCUAUAGUCAACCAUUAGUUAAUCCGAUGAUCACGGAUAGGUUUUUUCUUGCUUGGCUUGCUAUUAUUAGGUUCCAGUAACAAAAAACAUAUUCUAAUUUUAAAUUUUUAUUUUUAUUUUAUUUUGGUACGUACUGUUUAAGAAUAUAGUACUCUCUUAUAAUUUUUUUAUCGGAUUCCCGUGGGUAGGAUAAGUCAAGAACUUCCCUGACCCAGAAAUCCAAUACAAUCUGCCUCUAUUUCGUCCCCAAAAAAAGGAGAGAGUAAAUGACAUUAUAUUAGCUAGCCGGUGCAAGGGCACUGCAUUUAUUUUUUUACUUAAAUUUAUUUAUUUUUAAUAUUAUAUGCUCACUAUAAGUGCACACGGCGCAAGUUAGCCAGUACCCACUGCACUAGUAAAACCCCUGUA